UGCCCGUGCCACACCGGGGAUCCCGGGCUCUGCCCCGGGCCCGUGCCACACCGGGGAUCCCCGGGCUCUGCCCCGGGCUCUGCCCCGGGCUCAGCAGCCGCAGCUCCCUCAGCCUCAGCCCGGCAGACGCUCCAGCCCUGCAGCAUCACAGGCUGCUCGGGGCUGUCCCCAGCCUGUCCCUGUCCCUGUGUCCUGGGCACCCAGCGCCGGGACACGGGGUGGUGUCCAGGACACACCAAGGGUGCGUUGUCGGUUCACGGUCUGCUGGGUGUCUCGCAGGACCCUGGAGCCUUUUCUGCCGAGCUGCUUCCCAGCCGGCUGCCCCCUGCCCGUCCCGAGGCUGUUGCUCCCCGGUCAGGACCCGGCCCUGCCCCGUGCUGACCCUCCCCACGUUCCUGCCCCUCCUGAAUCUCUCGGCCCCACGGAGCAGCGCGGUCGGUGUCUCCUGUGGCCGCGCUGCGGGGCUCUGCGGCGGCAGACGGGGCUGGGCUCAGCACCGAGCCCGGGGCGCGCUGGUGCUUACCGGCCGCUGAACACCCCGCUCUGGGCUCGGCCACACAGCCCCGGCCAGGGCAGGGCUCAGCCGGCCCGCGCUGCCAGCACUGCUCUCGGAGGAUCCCAGGGGAGCAGCCCCAAAAUCCUGCCUGCAGCCCGGGCAGACGCUGUCCUGCCCCGGCACGGCACCGCGGCGGGUGAUCCCCACGGCCAGGCACGGUCCCCGCCGCUGCCGGCUGCUCCCAGCUGCCCUCCCGUCCCUCCCGAGCUCCGACGCUCCCGGGGCCCGCUGUGCCAUCCCCUGCCCGGGGACAAGAGGCGAGGCUGAGCCGCGUCCCCGAGGAGCCUCUCCGGUGGGAGUGGCGCCCGUGUGCUCCCCGGGAGAUCCACCGGACCGCGGGGCCCCUCCCGGAGCCGGGGCGGGACCGCCCCGCCACACGCGCGUGGGCGGGCCCGGCGGCGGGGGCGGCGUUACGGCAGGGGCGGGGCGCGGCGGUGCCGGUGCCCGCGGUGCCGCUCGCUCCCGGGAUGGAGCCCCGUGAAUGGACCGGCACCGAGAGCGCCCGCCUGGUCAGCCCGCGGGGCGGCCGCGCCGACGGCAGCCUGCGCCUCAAGAGUCUCUUCACAGGCUCUCCAGACCCCUCAGCACUGGCGGCCCCCCCGGCUCCUGAUCCCCGCUGCCGCUGCAGCCCCCCGACCCCCAGCCCCGGGCAGGGCAGGCUCCAGGCCCGCCAGCAGCUGAGCGUCGCCUGCGCCGUCUGCUGCCUCUUCAUGGUCGGGGAGGUGAUAGGAGGCUACCUGGCACACAGCCUGGCCAUCAUGACGGACGCAGCCCACCUGCUGACGGACGUGGGCAGCAUGUCCGUCAGCCUCUUCUCCCUCUGGGUCUCCAACCGCCCUCCCACCAAGAGCAUGACCUUUGGCUGGCACCGCUCAGAGACACUGGGUGCGCUGGCCUCUGUCCUCUCCAUCUGGGUUGUGACCGCGGCCCUGGUCUAUCUGGCGGCCGCCCGCAUCAUCAGCAACGACUACGAGAUCGAGGCGCGAGCCAUGCUGGCCACGUCCGCCUGCGCCGUCGGCGUCAAUCUGGUCAUGGCCUACAUCCUGCACCAGUCCCCUGCAGGCCACGGCCAUGGCACGGGGGCCUACGAGCAGCUGGAGAGCUCUGUGGCCUGCCAGCCCAGCCGCAGCCCCCUGCCCGGCAGCACCAGCGUGCGCGCAGCCUUCGUCCACGUGGUGGGUGAUCUGCUGCAGAGCGUCAGCGUCCUCGUGGCUGCCACCAUCAUCUACUUCAAGCCCCAGUGCAAGAUCGCAGACCCCAUCAGCACCCUCUUCUUCUCGGUCUUCGUCCUUGGCUCCACCAUCACGAUCCUCAGAGACGUCUUCAGGGUCCUCAUGGAAGGGGCUCCGCGGGGCCUGGAGUUCGAUGCGGUGAAGGAGGUGCUGCUGGGGGCCCGCGGGGUGCGGGGUGUCCACGACCUGCACCUCUGGGCGCUGACGCUGAGCCACGCCGCCGUGUCGGUGCACGUGGCUGUGGAUGCCGGCGCUGACGCUGAGAUGGUGCUGCAGGAGGUCACUGCCCGGCUCCAGAGCAGGUUUGGCUUUGCCUCGUGCACGGUACAGGUGGAGCAGCACCAGGAGGAGUCAGCGGGCUGUCCCCACUGCCAGGACCCCCGAACCUGAGACCCCCCUGCUGUUAUGUUGGGCCAGACAUGGCCCUGGCCCCAGCUCCUUGCCCUAGAGCAGGGCAGUGCUUGAGAUCCCAUCCCCUCCUCUACCCACCCCAUGGCUGCGGAGCCCUGGGGUGGGAUGGUGACUCCAGUGUGGUGUCCUGGGGGAAUGGACACAUGGCCUGGCCUGGCACGGGGGCUCCCUGGAAUCUUCCACUCCCUGCUGUGCCACAGCUCCUGAGGAGGCAGAAUCCUGCCCCACCACCCGUCCCCAGGGAGCCUGUCCGUCCUGGCAGGAAGGGAUAUCCCCCAUGGGGGACCUCAGACCUGGCCAUGGCCCCGGCCCCCCAUGCUGCUGCCUGGGCUCUGUCUGAAUCCUCCUGUGCCUGGCCCUGACCCAUACCCUCUGUUGAGUCGUGCCUGUGCCCCUGGUGUCCAUCUGUCCAUCUGUGCCAGCAGCGGUG